AUGUCUUAAGUCCAUGGGAGUUCAUUAUUGAGCAAAGACAACCCAAACAAGGCUCCUGAUCAUUUGGGGUCAAAUGUCUUUACAGACUUGCUAUCAUCUACAUUUUAUACAGUGAUUGGCUAUGUUUGCUUAGAUGUUGUAUUUGGGAUCAGCUUACAUUUUAUAGCUUAACACAAUGAUCCAAAUGCAGUGGCAGGUUUAGGGUUAGCAUUUACAACAGUGAAUGUGCUGUUGAUUCCUAUGGCUUUGGGUAUUAAAUUAUUGUGAAAAAAGGAACAAAUUAAUCUUUGAAUGUGCAUUCAGCAUAGGCUUUGGGAGCUAAGAAGCCAAAGCUGGCUCAAAGUUAUUUUACAUUGACCAUCUUUAUCCAUUUGAUGUACUUUAUUCCAUUUUCAAGUACUAGAAUUAAGUUAAUCAAAUAGUAAUAUUGAUUUUGAUAAAACCUUUGGUUGCUUAGACGAUUAAUGAAGAUGAUAGAGAUGCUACAUCGGAUGCCUCCCAGAUAUAUUUAUAUUAUUUAUUACCUUCAACUUUGUUUGCCAUAUUAUACGAAUGCAUGAAAAGCUACAUGAUAGCAAAUAAGGUAAUAUUAUCAAUUAAAGAACUAGAUCUUCGCAGUCUUUAUGUUUAUACAGUUGGGGACAGCUGCUCUUCACACUUUAUGGUGUUAUUUGUUUAUUGAUUAUUUAGACAUUGGUGGUGGCAUUGCAGGUGCAGGACUGGCUAUUAUAUGCACAGAGGUUCUGAAUUGUGUAUUUUGUCUAAUAGCUAUAUGUGCAACCAAGUACAAAAAGCAAGUCUUUAGUGGCUAUAAAUUUAAAUUCUCAAUGAAAAAAACAGAGAAGAAAUUGUUCUAAAGUUUUCUAAGAGAAUCAAUACCAAUUAUAGGUCAUAUAUAUGCAGAUUUCUUUGUUUUCUUCUUAUUGAAUUUCAUCUCAGUAGGAUUUGGAUCUGAUGAAUUGAAUGCCUAAUUGGCAUUGUCCAACACUUCAAAUUUUUACUAUAAAUUUCCCAUCUCUCUGUCUUUAGCAUUAAUGACAUACGUUGGUAAUGAGAUGGGUGCCAAGAAUAUCAAGAAAGCCAAAAGAUAUUCAUGGGUAGGAGUCCUUCUAUUUAUUGGAUUUACAAUACUCUUCUUGAGUGCCUUAACAAUUUUCAAGUAAUCAUGGGCUGAAUUCUAUUCUGCUGGGAGAUAAGAAAUCACAGAUCUGAUUUUGGAUGUGUAUCCUAUCUUCGUUUUUGGAUUCUUUGUUAUUGAUGGAUUACAAGGAACACUGACUGGAAUCUUAAAAGGAAUAGAAAGAAAGGAUUUUGUCACUUACUCUACAUUGUUUGUAUACUACCUAAUUGGAAUACCACUGGUUGUGUUUUUUGCUUAUGACUUUGGAUUGGGAAAGAAAGUCUACGGGAUUUGGUUUGCUUUUGGAAUUGUCAAUGCAAUCCUAGCUGUCUUGUAUCUAAUCCUCACAUUUACAACUAAUUGGUCAGAUAUGAGUGCAAAGAUAUGUAAGAGGAUUGAAGAUUAGCACAAGAUGUAAAAUCUGAAUGAUCCACUUAAUAAAGACUUUGAAGAAAACCAUGAAAAAUCAAAGAAAAAAAAAAAAUCCAAAUCAUCUAAAGUUAAAGUAUUAUGACAUCACAAUUUUUAUUAGCCGUCCAAACACAAAAAAGAUGAAAGUGAUAAUUUCAAUGAUCAGAACCCAAAUAUAAAAAGAAGACCCACCAAUCCUUCUGAUGAUGAAUAAUAAUACAGUUUAUAAGCCACUGAACAAACAAAAGUCGUAAAAUAAGAGGUUAAUACAGUGCCAAUCACUCCUUGA